AUCUAAAGGAAUCGAACCGAAUGAAUAGUACCUAAUUCGAACGAUUGCAUAAAUAAAUUUGACAUCGACAACUCCACGGGAUCUGGUUCGAUUCUCGUUAAAACCGAACCAAAUGUGACAAUACCCAACCUACUUCUCCGCACGAUCUAGUCGUAGAAUUCCUUCUGCUAAAUAUUAAUCACAAUUAUCUGAUCAUUCCAACAAUUGAAAAUUUGUUGGAGUUUCAUAUCAUCUGCGUCUGUCAACAGUUUUGUUCCCCUUUUCGCUGAGAGCUUAUGCAUAGAAAUUUACGAAUUUGAGGCUCAGAACUCUAGAGUAGGAGCAGAAAGAUGAUGGUGGAGGAUCUCGGGGUGGAGGCGAAGGAGGCGUCGGUAAGAGAGGUGGCGAAGCUGCUUCCGCUGCCGGAGCUCUUGCAGUCCAUUGCUUCCAUCAAAGCCGAUUACAUUGCUCGCCAACAGGCUAAUGAUGCACAUCUCAGUACAAUGGUUGUUGAACAGGUUGAACAGGCUCAAGCGGGUCUAGAAUCGCUUUCUUUAUCUCAGAAGACAAUAAACCAUCUACAAGAAAAUUUCGUGGAAAUUGAGAAGUUGUGUCAAGAAUGUCAGACAUUGAUUGAAAAUCAUGAUCAAAUAAAGCUCCUUAGUAAUGCAAGGAAUAAUCUGAACACAACUUUGAAGGAUGUGGAGGGUAUGAUGUCAAUAUCUGUAGAGGCUUCUGAAGCGCGGGAUUCUUUGAGUGAUGACAAGGAACUUACUAACACCUAUGAGAGGUUAACUGCACUGGAUGGAAAACGAAGGUUUGCAUUAGCAGCUGCUGCAUCUCACAAAGAAGAGGUUGGCAUACUAAGGGAAUACUUUGAAGACAUAGAUCACACAUGGGAGACAUUUGAGAAGACACUAUGGGGUCAUAUAUCCAACUUUUUUAAACUUGCUAAAGAGAGCCCACAUACCCUCGUUCGUGCAUUGAGGGUUGUUGAGAUGCAAGAAAUCCUGGAUCAACAACUUGCAGAAGAAGCGGCUGAGGCAGAAGGAGGUGGUGCAUUGGCAUCAAUAGCAAAUCCUCGUAGAAGUGCCAAAAAAUCUACCACUACGAGUGCCUCUUCUAGUAAACUUGCCCAACAGAAGUUGAAGGUUCAAGGAAAAGGCUACAAGGAUAAAUGUUAUGAGCAAAUAAGGAAGUCUGUUGAAGCACGUUUUGAUAGAUUGCUCAGUGAGCUUGUUUUUGAAGACCUUAAAGGAGCUCUGGAGGAAGCUCGAAUGAUUGGGGAGGAGCUCGGAGACAUAUAUGAUUAUGUGGCACCAUGUUUUCCUCCAAGGUAUGAAAUAUUCCAGCUCAUGGUGAAUCUUUAUACUGAGAGAUUUAUUCAGUGGCUGAGACUACUUAGUGAUAAAGCUAAUGAUCUUUCAAAUAUUGAAAUUUUGAAGGUAACUGGGUGGGUAGUUGAGUACCAAGAUAAUCUCAUUGGCCUCGGCGUUGACGAGUCACUUGCUCAAGUUUGUUCCGAGAGUGGUGCAAUGGAUCCCCUAAUGAAUGCUUAUGUUGAAAGAAUGCAAGCCACAACAAGGAAAUGGUACUUGAAUAUACUUGAUGCUGAUAAGGUACAGCCACCCAAAAAAACAGAUGAUGGAAAACUAUAUACCCCAGCUGCUGUUGACUUAUUUCGUAUCCUUGGAGAGCAAGUUCAAAUCGUACGAGAUAAUAGCACUGAUGUCAUGUUAUACAGAAUUGCUUUGGCCAUCAUUCAGGUAAUGAUUGAUUUUCAGGCAGCUGAAAGGCUGAGACUGGAGGAACCUGCUUCAGAAAUCGGUCUAGAAGCUCUUUGUGCGAUGAUUAACAACAAUCUUCGAUGUUAUGAUCUCUCCAUGGAGCUAAGCUCUAGCACGCUUGAAUCUCUUCCGCAGAAUUAUGCUGAGCAGGUGAAUUUUGAGGAUACCUGCAAAGGCUUUCUGGAGGUUGCCAAGGAAGCUGUUCAUCAAACUGUCAGUGUCAUUUUUGAAGAUCCAGGAGUUCAGGAAUUAAUUGUAAAGCUAUAUCAUAAAGGUAAUGAUUUUACUGCCACCCACCUUUCUCCUGAAGUUCCUUUCCAUAAAAUAGGGAGCAUACUAUUUAAAAUACAUUCUUCCUGAUUAGCACUAGCAUAA